CUGAUUGACGUCGGAUCGGACCAAUAGAAGUGAGGACCAGCAACCAGCCUCCCGCCCCUUUCUUUCUGGCGCAUCGUUUUUGCGCAUUCGGUGGUUUGAGUGCUGAGAAAUAUGGCGGGGACGGAGGGCAAGGUUAUCAAAUGUAAAGCUGCUGUUGCCUGGGAAGCAGGAAAACCUCUUAGUAUUGAGGAAGUGGAAGUUGCACCUCCCAAAGCUCAUGAAGUUCGAAUUAAGAUUACUGCCACUGCUGUCUGCCACACUGAUGCCUACACCUUGAGUGGCUCAGAUUCAGAGGGAGUUUUCCCUGUUAUCCUCGGACAUGAAGGUGCUGGGAUAGUGGAAAGUGUUGGAGAGGGAGUGACUCGUGUCAAAGCAGGGGAUCGAGUAAUUCCACUUUACAUCCCACAAUGUGGGGCUUGCAAGUUUUGCCUGAACCCCAACACCAAUCUCUGCCAGAAGAUCAGGGUGACCCAGGGCCAGGGUCUGAUGCCUGAUAAGACUAGCCGAUUCACCUGUAAGGGCCAACUGGUUUACCACUACAUGGGGACUAGCACCUUCUCUGAAUACACUGUUGUUGCAGAUAUCUCACUGGCUAAAGUUGACAGUGCAGCUCCACUGGAUAAGGUUUGCCUGUUGGGGUGUGGUAUUUCCACUGGCUAUGGUGCAGUUGUCAAUACAGCCAAGGUUCAUCCAGGCUCUACCUGUGCUGUGUUUGGACUGGGAGGAGUGGGUUUGGCAGCCAUUAUGGGAUGUAAGGUUGCUGGUGCCACUCGGAUCAUUGGGGUUGACCUCAACAAAGACAAGUUUGCAAAGGCUAAAGAGUUUGGUGCAACUGAAUUCGUCAACCCUAAGGAUUAUGAAAAACCCAUUCAAGAAGUUUUGGUUGAAUUAACAGAUGGUGGAGUGGACUAUUCCUUUGAGUGUAUUGGUAAUGUCAAGACCAUGAGAGCUGCCCUUGAAGCAUGCCACAAGGGUUGGGGAACCAGUGUGAUAAUAGGGGUGGCACCUGCUGGACAUGAAAUUGCAACUCGGCCCUUCCAGUUGGUGACUGGUCGUACGUGGAAAGGAACAGCAUUUGGAGGGUGGAAGAGUGUGGAGAGUGUGCCAAAGCUUGUGCAAGAAUACAUGGCUAAAAAAAUAAUGGUGGAUGAGUUUGUAACUCAUACACUCCCUUUUGACCAGAUCAAUGAGGGUUUUGAUCUGAUGACCAGUGGAAACAGCAUUCGCAGCGUCCUCUUGUUUUGAAGCUGAUGUCAGCACACCAGUGCCUUACCUGUGCGGUGGAAUCUUAGUGUUUGAAAUUGUUUUGAAAACUGCUUUAGAAGAAUUUUGAUUUUGCAAGUAUUUUCAUUACACUUAAAUCUUGUCUCAAAUGCAUUCAAUUUUGCUUGCUUAUAUUCUGGAUCAUUUUCCAUAUUGCAAAAGUAAAAUGUUUCUUGUUACUUUUUGUUCUAUCACAA